GGAUUGAGUUCAUUCCCAGUUUUCGCGUUUUUGAACCAGUUUUGCCACCAUGCAUUCCUCAUAAAUACAUGAAGGAAAUGCGCCAGAAAACUGAGAGAAUCAAUCUCGGCGUCCUGGAGAAGAAUGAGCAAUAUAAUGAUCAAAUGACCGAUAUCUGUGAGUUCAUCCACAAAUUCGUUCCUGGCCAUAGCGAGGAAGAAAACUGUGCACAAGAACCUCAGAAGGUUCUGAGUGGAGGGGAUUAUCUGACAUAUGAGAGGCACAAACAGGCUAAGAAUUGUAAAUCUAAUUGCAGAACACCAUCAAAACAACUGAAAGGACUAGUCCCCAAAAUAGAAGAGUUUCAUAAUCAGGCAGAAUUUCUCAAAUUAAUUUGGAGCCUUCUCUAUGACACCUCCUCAUCCAAUUCAAUUGGAACACUGUACGCAGCAAGAAACAAAAUGAAUUCAAGGAAUGUGCCAUCCGAUCCCCAUGACAACUUCUAUGCCUCUUCUGAGUUCAUGGAUAAAGUCACAACUGCCUACAUCAUUGCUGGUGGACUUCAUCACUUCAAAAUGGAAAAUUUACAUUCUAAACCAAAGCCAGAUUAUGCAGGUCCAGUUGGGGACCAUGACGCAAUGAAGGAAUACAUCAUGGAACAUGCCCACCAGUUUGUUGAGAAUCAUGCCGUCCCUCAUGUGCAAAAUCUUCCUGAUUAUGGCAUUCAGUCAAAUGACAUCAAAUGCAGAUACUGCGACAAAGAAUAUCGAAGGCCCAUGUCGCUUAGAAAACAUGAAGCUCGUAUACAUGGUCAUCCUGAUCCACAGUUUAAUCAACAGUCAGGUAUAAGCCCUCCCGUCAAAACAUCAUACAAAUCCAGUGUGUAUGACUACACAAAACUGUGCCUGACCUUAGGAUUGCUGAGGCUCAACCACAAUGAUGCCAUCAGAUUUGGGGAUGGCGAGAGAUUGCUACGAUUAGCAAAAUUCUUUUGCUUAUAUUACAAAGGUGGAAAGUGCCCCAAAUAUGCAUUUGCCCUGCUCGAGACUACUGCUCAAGCACAAUGUCUUCUGUCGGAGAGACAGGCGGAGAGAUUUGUGUGGAACAGGACAGUCAACCACCAGGGAAAAAUUGACACAAACCAUCCCAAUGAUCUUGACCUUGAACAUUGCAACAAAGUAUUUAAAGAGGAUGUGCAUACAUAUAGGGGGAAAUACACAGAGAAAACUAUUCUGAGAGUUAGCAGGAGUGCACUUGCAACUGAUGGCAUAUGCAAGAAGUUUGAUAAUGUGUCUAGUGUGAGGCAAUGCUCUGGGAAGCACAAGAAAACUGAUAUGGCAGAUGACAUUCAACUACUGGCUGAACAACUACACAGUAUUGGAAACGUUUUUGAUAUUGAUGACAGCAGAGUUCAUGAUAGCUUUCCAAACCUAAAAGACCCGUUAGCAUCCCUUAACAUGGAAGACAUCCAAACUUGGAUAUCAGGCAGUUUGAAAAAGUUCAGCAGUAAACACUAUGUAUGA